AUGUUAAAUAACGUCUUAUUGCUGAGCGUUUUGACGGUCACCGGGUUCCCCCCGCGGACGGAGAGCCGCAAAACUUCGAAGGACAUUUGCAGGAGCCGCUGUCCGUGCGAGGAGAAGGAAAACGCGUUAAGCAUCAACUGCGAGAACAAAGGAUUUACGAGCGUCAGUUCCUUCCAGGCGCCGCAGAAUAAAAUGAGCCAGCUCUUUCUCAACAGCAACUUUCUCACAAGACUCAACGUGAACGAGUUUGUCAAUUACGGGAACGUCACGUCUCUGCACUUGGGCAAUAACGGGCUGCAGGAGAUCAAGACCGGCGCGUUCUAUGGCUUGAAAAACCUCAAGCGCCUCCAUCUGAACAACAACAACUUGGAGAUUAUAAAAGAGGACACGUUUUCUGGGUUGGAAAGUUUGGAAUAUCUGCAAGCCGACUAUAAUUACAUAAGCGCCAUAGAAGCGGGCGCGUUCAAUAAGCUAAACAAGCUCAAAGUCCUAAUCCUCAACGACAACCUUUUACUUUCCCUUCCGAACAAUAUUUUCCGCUUCGUGAUGCUCACACACCUAGAUCUGAGGGGAAACCGCCUGAAGACCCUUCCGUUCGCCGGCGUCCUGGAGCACAUAGGCGGCAUCAUGGAGAUCCAGCUUGAGGAGAACCCCUGGAACUGUACCUGCGACCUGCUUCCUCUCAAGGCCUGGCUGGACACUAUCGCCGUAUUCGUGGGCGACGUCGUCUGCGAGACGCCUUUCCGCUUGCACGGCAAAGACGUCACUCAGCUCAUAAAGCAGGACCUGUGCCCGAGGCGUACCGUUCCGGUUGCAGAUUCGAGUCCUCGCGCUAUGCAGCCGCCCCCUCCUGACCCUCAGCACAGAGUUCCGGUUCCUACGUUGCGCACGCACUUCUCACCCACCAGAGCACCUAAGGCGUCACGUCCCCCGAGGAUGAGGAAUCGGCCUACCCCGCGCGUCACGUCCGGCCGGGACAAGCACGUAUUCGGACCUAUAAUGGUUUAUCAAACGAGGUCGCCGGUACCCAUGAUGUGUCCUGGUAUUUGUGUCUGCACCUCACAGAGCCCGGACAGCGGACUUAACGUAAACUGCCAAGAAAGGAAGCUCCACAACAUCUCAGAGCUCCAACCCAAGCCGUCAUAUCCCAAAAAGCUUCAUUUAACUGGGAACUACUUGCAGGUUCUCUACAGGGAGGAUCUGACCGAAUACGGCACCUUGGAGCUCCUCCAUCUCGGGAAUAACCGAAUAGCCGUCAUCCAGGACGGCGCCUUUGAAAAUCUGACCAACCUGCGCAGGCUUUACCUGAACGGGAACUAUAUCGAGAGUUUAUCGCAGACGUUGUUUGCCGGGCUGCAGAGUUUGCAGUACCUCUAUUUGGAAUAUAACAUCAUCAAGGACAUCUCACCACAAACCUUUAACUCCCUGCACAACCUGCAGCUUCUCUUCCUGAACAACAACCUGCUCCGCCAUCUCCCGGACAACGUCUUCGGAGGCACCAUGCUCACCAGACUCAAUCUCAGGAACAACCACUUCUCCCACCUGCCUGUCGUCGGCGUCCUCGACCAGCUCUCUGCUUUCGUCCAGAUCGACCUCCAGGAGAACCCUUGGGAGUGUACCUGCGGCAUCGUUCCUCUCAAAAACUGGAUGGAGCUCUCCAGCACCAGCGUGGUGGUCAACGAAAUCACCUGCGACUCGCCGUCCAAGCACGCCGGGCGCCUUUUGCGGUCGCUUCGCAAUGACGCCAUCUGUCCGGACAACGAGGAGACUCCGGCGCCCGCGACCAAGGCGCCGACCACCAUCACCUCGACCACCGAAGAGACCACGGUCACCGAGCCGACCCUGACGGAGGCCUCGCAACCCGAGACGCACCCGGAGGUGCCGCUGUCCGUACUCAUCUUGGGUCUGCUCGUCGUGUUCAUUCUCUCGGUGUGUUUCGGGGCCGGCCUUUUCGUCUUCAUCCUCAAGAGGCGCAAGGCGGUAGAGGCGGUCCCGUCCAACGUCGCCGCCAACAAUCUGGAUCUGAGCUCCUUUCAGGCGCACUAUGGUCAGUACGGCGCCGAGCCAAGCAUUAGCAAACGGGAGGGUCACGUGUACAACUACAUCCCCGCCGCUGUCGGUCAGAUGUGCCCAAAUCCCAUCUACGUUCAGAAGGAGAUUGACCACGUGUCCUACUAUCGGAACCUGAAGGAACUUGGAUUCGGUGCGACGGAGAGCAAAAGGGAGGAGCUCGGGCGCAGUCCGACCUACUCCGUGAGCACCACGGACCGCGGCGACGAGAACCCCGGACAGAGGUACGACGAGCCCGAACUGCUUUACCAGAACGUUUCGGAGAGGGCACGGGAGCUCCCCAACGCUGCCCAGUUCGGCUACACCUUUUGCACUUUGCCCAAAAGGCCGUUAGCGCCGCCGUACGAGGCCGUAGGCCGUCCGAACCGGGAGCGACUGAACAAAACCGUUCUGUACGGGACGCCGAGGAAGCACGCGGAGCAACUGCUUCCUGGAAAGCUUAAAACGGAACCAGACUACCUUGAGGUUCUGGAGAAACACACUGCGAUGAGUCAGCUGUAAACGCCGACUCUGCGUCUUUAUCGUUACGAGAACCUAUUAUACAAUCCGUCAUCCGCGGUACGUAAUCGAGCGCUCGGGCGGCUUCAGACAGUGCGACCGGUAGCCUUUUCGUCUCCGUACGCUGUACGCAUUAGUAAGGAAUAAUAUCUACAGUUUAAAGAUGAUAUAUUAUUUUCUCUAAGGUUUAAAUUAUUUCCUCUACUUGAGGCAUAAAGACUGUAGCAGUUGAGGCGAAGAAUAUGUAUCAUAAUGCUUACUGCUUUUCUAUGAAGUAUAUAAAUAUAUAAAUAUAUAUAUUUUAUUUUCUCAGAGGAGGACGUUAAUAUAUCGACGCUGGUUGGUUUUACGACGAUGCGAAAUUGCAAAUACAAUGACCGGUCACAUUCGCUCCGACCCUCGGGAUUCCAGACGUGCCUUUGCACUUGAAGAAUUUUAUCUUUGGUUUCUGUGAAUUGAAAUUUUUUAUAAGUGCUGUAUUUUAAAGACUCUUUAUGUAAAAUAGAAUUAUUUGUCCAUUGCAUUAAACGAGGAAAAAAAAAAAAAAAGAAAGGAAGAUGCUCAACUCGCUGGUGGAUUCUGUUCUGUUAUCAGUCGGAUCACUCGGGGCUGGAUGUGCCACGACGAGGCCCGAAACGAGCCAAAAUGUGCACCUUAUUGCACCCUGUAUCCUCUUUUAUAUCUAAAUGAAUGAGAAUUGCGCAAAAAGUGAGCCGUCUGCACUUUAAAAUGCAGAAAUGUGCAUUUAGUGCAGUACAUUUUAUAUCUAAUUUAUUUACACACUGUAUAAGUUUGGUUAUAACGUUUUUGCCUCCCAGAACCAGGUGUAAGUCAGCAGCAGCAUCAGCUGUGUUAUUGUGAGAGGUUGUGCACAUCUGAUUUAAUAAUACAUAGAUACUGGACUAGUAAUCAAAAGGUCGCUGGUUCAAGCCCCACCGCUUGCUGCCAGGUUGCCACUGUUGGGCCCUUGAGCAAGGCCCUAAGCCCUCAGUUGCUUAGACAGUGUACUGUCACUGUACUGUGAGUCACUUUGAAUAAAAGCGUCUGCCUAAA